UAUUUUGAUUUCGCUUUUCUAUUCGCGCUUAACCGAAGCGCAAACGCGCGCGCCUUGCACCUGCACCUCGGGCGCGUUUUGAUAGCCUACUGUAGCUCUGACAUUUCAUCGAGCAGAGAGAAACGUCCGAGCUGUGUUCCGACUGUGUUUCACACCCCACUUGUCAGAGACACGAUAGCGUCACCAAAUCUAGCAAGGGACGAUCUGGGCGUUAUAAAGUCUGACGCUUAAAAGGCAACAUCUGGAGAUCAGCAGCAGCAGUCAUGGGCAACCGUGUGUCCGGUAUCACAGCACUACACAGAGGACAUCACAACAGAUUUCAAAGACUUCAAAACUUACAAAAAGACUCUUUCGGUGGACCAUUCCCCUCAACCAUUCACAGGUGUCACCACAAACCCAAGCGCUGUCUGGCCCUGCAUUCGUGCGGAGGUGUACCGGUGAGCCCCCUUCUGUUCCACCCCAAUGCUAAAGGCUCUCAGAUCGUCAUGGAUCUGGCGCAGAAAAGCGUCAAACGGCAGGCCAGCUUCUGCAACGCCAUCACGUUCAGCAAUCGACCCAUUGCUCUGUAUGAGCAGGUCCGCUUAAAGAUCACUAAAAAACAGUGCUGUUGGAGUGGAGCUCUCCGCCUGGGCUUCACUUCCAAAGACCCGUCUCGAAUCAACCCCGACAGCCUGCCCAAAUACGCCUGCCCUGACCUAGUGUCGCAGAGCGGCUUCUGGGCGAAAGCUCUGCCGGAGGAGUUUGCGAACGAAGGAAACCUCAUUUCAUUCUGGGUGGACAAGAAGGGGAGAGUGUUUUAUCGCAUCAAUGACUCCAGCCCCAUGUUGUUCUUCAGUGGCGUGAGGACCACAGAGCCGCUGUGGGCUCUCAUCGAUGUGUAUGGUCUGACAAGAGGAGUACAGCUGCUGGACAGUGAAAUCGUCCCUCCAGACAUUCUUCGCCCACGGUCCUUCACCACAGUGCGUGGCUCCACCUCUUUACGACGUGAAGCGGAUACCUCCCGUCUCUCCGUCAGCCUGUGCGAUCUUAACUCCCAACGAGAUGACACAAGGCUCCGCCUCCCUCCCGCCCCUGUCGCCUGUCCGAUUCCUCAAAAUUCCAUGAAUUCCCAGCAGUCGACACUGCUUCCUCACAGCCUGGAAUGUGACCUACGUUUCCAUCAGCUCAGAGGUGCCCACAUAAAAACCCUUAACGAACAGACGGUGGCACGGUCCGAACACGGCCGCGAGGAACGUACGCUGGUCUUCACCGAUCGGCCACUCAAAAUCGGCGAAACCAUCUUCAUCAAAGUCAUUAAGUCCAGCUCUGCACGAUCCGGAUCCCUGUCGUACGGUGUGACGUCAUGUGACCCGGCGGUGCUCCGUCCUAGCGAUCUUCCUUACAAUCCAGAAGCACUGGUUGACCGCAAGGAAUUCUGGGCCGUGUGCAGGGUGCCCACCACCCUGCAGAGUGGUGAUAUACUGGGCUUUCUGGUUACACAGGAAGGGGAAGUCAUUCUGAGUCACAACGGCGCCAAUGUAGGGAUGCAGGUGUGUGUGGACAACUCGCGACCGCUCUGGAUGUUUUUUGGACUGCACGGUGCUGUCACGCAGCUGAGGAUUCUGGGCUCCAGUUUCUUGGGUGAUGCUCGUGACCCAUCUAGCCCGGGGUCGCCCUCUGCCUCGCCCCUCUCACCCAAUGGACUGUGUGGUGGAAGUCCAGAACCCAGUCUUACUGAUCGGGGCUGCUCCGUUUCCUUCUGCAACUCUACUGAAGGAACAACACCCAGUUCGCCCAUAAGCCUCCCUAAGUCACCCACUUUCCCAUCUGCCUCGGGUUCAUGGCCGGACGAGUGUUCAAUCUGCUACGAGAACACAGUGGACACGGUCAUCUACGCCUGCGGACACAUGUGUCUCUGCUACACCUGUGGCCUCCGCCUGAAAAAGAUGGCCAAUGCGAGCUGUCCAAUCUGCAGGAGAGCAAUCAAAGACAUCAUAAAGACCUAUCGAAGCACUUAGGGCUCCGAAACGCGUCAUCGUAAGGGCCAUUAAGGAUCUCGAAUAGAUCGAUAUUUAAAGAGAGGGUGAUGUCACAGUUCAGGGACUUCUCCAGGCACCGCUCGUGUCUCUGUUUCCAUGGCAAUGACUUUUGAACCCUUAAACCUCCGAGGCUCAGGCAUUCGUUCACGGAGGUCUUCUGUAUUUUAGGCGCAGGUCUCUGUUGCUAUGGUAACCAGCGACGUUGCUGCUGCUCAGAAUCAAGCAUCAACAAGCAUUUCAGCAAAGUUCAGGUGACACGCUGAGAGAUGUUAAAGGUUGCGCAUUUCUCGGUGAGCCAUAAGAGACUGCUUUGGUGUUGUUCAUAGCAUAAGAUGUUACAUUUUGGAGUCUCGCUUACAUUGGUCAGAGUUGCCGGUAAAAUUUAUACGCCUCAGUGUCUCACAAUUUUUGUCUGUGCUCGACUGAGAAAAACAGAUUUAAGGUACAGUGCUUUCAUACCUCAGCUAUUUUAUGCCGUGUUAAUCAUUCUGCGCCCUUGUAGACGACUGUUUGAUGAUGUUUCGUCACGUAAUCUAAAGCUUUGGCGUGUAGGUCAAAUCAGUUAAUGGUUCGCUAUAAUUUCGCGUGCGGGUGUUUAACAAGCCGGAUGUUAUGGAGGGAUUAAUAUGAUAUGAUUUGUAGCGUUUAUAUACCGGAACGAUUAACUAACGAGUCGUUUUGCGGAACUCCGUCCGGAUAAAGACAUUCAUUUUGUACGUUUCGAUUGAUCCGACGUCACUGGAAAAUAUAAUUACACCUCAUCUUAUGACCUACACCAGACUAAUCAAACUCUGAUUUACUGUGAACUUCUUCCAGACUGCUGAUUUGAAUGUGUGGGAUCUGGGUUCUCUGCAAAAGCAAUUGAAACAUGGUGAGCAAAAUCUAGGAAGGGGGGAAACAGCCUUAAGGCGUUAUCCAAUAAAAGAGCCGUUUGUCAAGGAUAUUUGAUUAGCUGAGAUCAUGCAUAUUUCUGUCGUACAUACGACUACAAAUACAACAAAUGGCUUGCAGUGGGAAAAUAGCUAACAAUGAAAUUUAAUAAAAAAAAAACAAAAAUGGUCGGAAAAGAAGUAAAUGGGUUGUAAAGCUGGAAUAUAGACUUAAUCUUUGAUGGUGCUGGGAAAAUUAUAGUGAGUAGUAGGGCUGCAUGAUAUACCAAAAUACAUGUAAUAUUGUCAAUUUCCAUAUCGCAAAAUGUACAAUAAUGGUAUGCAAUAGUUGAAUGACUUUAAUACUUCAAAAAGUGAUGAGUGAUGCUUAAAAAAGGGGAACGUGUGUUGGCUAUAUAAUUUUUAGCUUUAAAUAUAUUUCAAUAUCAUUUUUACAAACUUUGCAUUAUCCCCCCCAAAUACCAUGCAGCCUUAUAUAGGGGGACAAUGCAAUAUUUUGUGGCGGGUUUUGCGAUAUGACCAAUACUGGAUGACUUCACUAGAUGUCUUGAAAAGCUCUGUUUGAAAGGAAUUACUUCCGCCUUGCAUCUCUUUUUCAGCUUUCUCACAAAAAUAUGUGAUUUCUCUCUGCCGUUUAAAAAUCGUUCUCAUAGUGCAACACUGGUAAAAGCAUCCGAAUUUGUUUAUAAAUGCUCUGAAUUUUCUAUGAUGUGACUAUUGCAUACGCAAUGGUGAAAGGAUAUAUUGUGCAGCCCUAAUGAGUAUUAAGUAAAUAGUAUUUGUGUCCAAAAAUCUGGACGAUGAAGGUUUAGAAAGUCCUCUUUGUUUUAUGUCCACAGAAGGAUGUUUAGCAGAUCCAUAUAUCAUGAAAGUUUAAUGAAGUUUGUAUGAAUGUAUGCACACUUAAAAAUGAAGGUGCUACACAAUGUCAUAGAAGGACCAUUUUGGGCUGUAUGGUUCCACAAAGAACCUUUAACAUCAGAAGAACCUUUCUGUUUCACAAAUUGUUCUUUUAAGAACCUUUGACUACAAGGGUCUUAGGAACCAACAAUGGCUCUUCUGUGACAUCACUCUGACUCUUUUGUGACAUCAAGAACCUUUUUGUGACCCUGUACCACAAAACCAGUCAUGAGGGACUUUUUUAUUGAGAUUUAUACAUCAUUUGUAAGCUAUUAAUUAGCUUUUUCUAUUGAUGUAUGUUUGUUAUAAUAUGACAAUUUUUGAAAAUGUGGAAUCUGAGGGUUCUCAAUUCACAUUUAUGUUGUCCAAAUGAAGACCUUAGCAACACAUAACUAAUGAUAAAUACAUUUUUAUAUAUUUAUGGUAAAAAAAAUUGUACAAAAUAUCUUCAUAGAACUUAAUAUCCUAAUGAUAAAUUUUGACCCAUACAAUGUAUCGCAACAAAUGAAGAGUUUGAUUCCAAAAUGCGAUAAACUCAAUUUAAAAAAAAUUUUUACCGCCAAAUUCAGUAUUGAAUCAGGUCAGUAUUAAAAAGUAAAUUCUUCAUUUUACGCAACAUCCGAUAUCCGCUGUGUUAUUCUGUCAUCUUUUUUCCCAAAACGCAAUAAACGGCAGUCCUCCUUCUCUGCAGAAUGCAAUAAAUCCGCUCAACAAAUCACAGCGCACCAUUCCACGCAUUGUAAACAAACAAUGGUGCCGCUUUGAAUACACAAGGGAUCCUAGUUUUCCUCAUCUACUUUGUACUUCGUGUUCAACAAACAAACAAAAACAAAAUAAUACUUUCGAUGGCAUUAAUAAAUCUGUGGUGGUUUUCUGUGGCGGGGAAGAAACGUAAGCCAUCAAAAUCUAAUAAUUUACGUGAGAGGCACUCGAGCGAAGGAAAAAUGCCGUCUGUUGCUUGUUCUCCCGACAACAUCAAGCUUCUGUCAUGCUAACACAUUGACUCCAGAGGAUCUUAUGAAAAACUUUCCAUUAUUUUACUCAAAGUCAACGAAAAUCAAGCAGGACCAAAACAUUUUACAGCUGAUCGCUGUCAAAAAAAUUCAGCGACGACGUCCCAAGGGUGACAGCAGCAACGACAGUGUUCUUGAUAUGACACAGUGUUUGUAUUAAUGCCAUUAAUGUUUAUUUUUUAAUCACUAGUCAACUAAAUGAAUAUAUCAUGGCAAAGAUGAAUGCACAUUUAUGUAUUGAUUCAAUAGAGUUAUAGCAUCUUGGGGAAAACAUUUGAAAAAAAUAAUCAGUUUUGUAAUAAAUCUUUGAAAUUCAAAUUAUGCAUUUUAUGGUUUUUAUUACCUGAAAAUGCUAUGUGAAAGUUUGUAACAGAAAUUAGUGUUUUUCAUCUUGUCACUUUCUUGGUAUAAAAAACACGUUUUUACGGAAAUUAGUCAAAAUGGAUUUAUUGUGUUUUGGAACCAAACUCUUCAAAUACACCCAUACUACUUUUUACUGGUUUUGUGGUCCAUGGUCACUUUUAUAGCACCUUUAUUUUUUAAAGUAUACAGGUUUUGCAGGUGAGUUGUGUAGGUAAAUGUCCCUAAAUGAAAAGGCAGGAAAAAGAAAAUGCUUUUUAGGACCAUUAAGAUUUCUUGCAUUGUGACUCCUCCUAGAAAUUCACAUAGUGUAAUACAAAAAUAAAUUCAAAGAAAAAAAUACAUUAAUAAUAAGAAUUAUCAUUGUUUCUAUACAUAUAAAAUAAUACUUGUAAUGGAAAAAGUGCUUGUCAUUAAUUAAAUAUUUUUUGCAAUUUAUUACAAAAAUUCAUAGUCUUAAAAACAGCCUUGUUUAUAUUGAUGCAAUAGAUAAUACAGCAUGUUAGCUUUAAAAUCAAUUUCUAUCAAACGCCAAAUCAGAUUCCCACACAAACAGCUGGAACAGGCGCAAAUGUUUCCACAUCACAUUUCAUCAAUUAUGGCAAAUAAGCAAAAGAGACACAAUAAUGUGUGAAUGUGUGGUUGGAUGUCAGUGGCUUGAGUACUAUCAUUAAACUACAAUGCAGGCUAAUAUUGUUCAUAACUAGCCAGUGAGCUUGUGUAAAGCAAUUGUGACGACUGGCGCUUAAAUUCAUGCUGCUAUUAGUAUUAGCCAGCUCUUCUUCAGGCCAUGUCAAUACACAUUAUUACAUGUCUAUGUUGUUUGAGUGGUCAUUCAACCUUUGAAUGUUAAUUUAUGGUAAUUAGAGGAAACUAUUACAAUAUAGCUGUAUCUGACGUGUUUCUGUAGCGCUUUAUUUCUUUCAUUUUCUGAAUUAUUGGACCGAAAUGUAUGAUUGUAUAGUUUUUACUUCUUGACAUUUGUCUUGGUUUUCUAGUAUCCACACAAGCCAUACUGUACUGACUGAGAAGUACAUCUAGGGCUUCGCAACAAAUGAUCAAAAACAGCUUUUUUGGUUUAAGAUAAACAGGAUUUAUACUCCUUUAGUGUCAGCUCUUUAAUCAAUUCACUGGCAAUGUAUUUUGGUGUAAAGGUGUGUAUUUAUAACUCUCUGGAGAAGGCCCGAUAUUUCAAAGAUUUUCGUAAUUUGAUUGACAUUUGCACAAUUUAAGUGAAAUAAACCUCGCACUUUCCUUAGAAAUCAAUUUGAAAUGUUACUUAUAAAAUCCUAAAUAUUCCCUUAAAGAAUUUUCUCCCCUAGUUUUGUAUAUUUCUAAUGAUAUCUUUUGCACAGUUUACAGUGUAAAAUAAGAGCAAUCUUUGUGUUUUUUGUCACUUUAUGAAAUGUGAUUGUAUUGUAUGUCCCCUCUAUAACAUCAUCUUUCUGUUAAUGUUUGGACAAAAUUAAGUUAUCGUGUCUAAAUAACUGUACUAAUCCUUUCUUAUAACAUUUCUGUAAUUUAAAUGCUUGUAAUGAAAUCGCUACAGAAUGGGACUAUUUAUUUUACAUUGGCGCGGUGUCGUUUUACUGAGGACCUAGAGAGGGACAAACAGUCCUUACGGAUGCGCCACAGUUUUGUCGUCGACCCUGUAAUGUACUUUAUUUAUGUACCGCGUGUAGAGUACGAUGUGUUGAAUCUGAUGUGUGUUGCAGAUUCUGUGGUAAAUUAGCUUUUUCUGUUUUGAAAUUAUUAUUUUUAAUCAAAUGAUGUAAUAAAAACAGCCAUAUAAGUACAUUGGCACAAAAAUGUAUUUGUUUAAAAAGUAUGAUGUUUUGUGAAGUAACCAGGGAUUGCAUAAAUGAUCACCCCAACCUUAAAUAAAUUUGAAUAUUGAUGAAAUACGAAUAUUUUUAAGAAAACUAAACCUUUUUUAUCUUAUUAUUAUUAUUAUUAUGUAUACACAUGAUGAAAUUGCUUUCUCUUAUUCUAUACAAUUUUCUUUCUGUUUGUCAGUGUGUUUUGUUCACUCAUUACCCAUUGGUAAACAGUGGGACCAAAAUGAAUAGCUGAAUCAAAACGUUAUGAUUCCUUUUUCCCAGGGUUCAAUUAAGGGCUGUUAAAUGAAUCAAUGAUUCAUAGAGUCAAUGAGGUCAGUAGUGAUUUCUGUAUGAAAAGGGGCUCGGCUUAUUGUGGCAUUCGAUUUUUGACUCAAACCCAUUUUUUAUUUUUUGGUCUGUGAUAAGUUUAUGAAGCUUUGUUUUGUGUGAGUCAAAGAUGACUGUGUCAAUAAACUUUGCAGAUGCGUUUCA